AGAGACUUCAUUGAUACGAGGACGUUGAUUCGUUCCCUAGUCGAUACCCGAUUACCUGUCUCCCCGAGGUACCUUGAGAGCUCUGUCUUCAUACUCGGGCUGAGCGUAGCCGUUCGAGCUGAUUUCGAUUAAGGAGAAAGGGAAAAUUCACUACUUUUGUUUGUUUGAUUGCUUGUUAUUUGCAGGGUUUAGUUUUAGUAGUGAAGAAGAAUUGAAGCGAAAUCGAGAUGGAGACGGCCGCCUCUUCAUCUUCAGUGAUAACACCGGAGGAUGUUUUGGAGUCUUUAAUGAAUGAUGGUACCAUCGACGCUCUCAGAUUGAAGAUCAUCAAUCAGCUCAAAGCCAAUGAAGAGCUGAAAAAUACUACCAUUAAAAUGGCUGAACAGAGUAAGGUUUUGAAUACCCCUGGGGCAGAGAAACAGACCAAAAGAGAGCUGUUUGACGCGCUUCGCCAGGAACUUGAAGCUCCUGUGCUUGAGAAAGCAUCUAAAUCAGUGUGGGAGUUGAUUCUAGACAGCAAUGGGCUAGGGAAGGAAAUUAGUGAAACUGUUGAGAGAGUAUUUUGUCGACUAAGUGGUCAGGAACCUCCACUGUUUCCUUUACAAAAUGGUGAAGCCCUGCCAAUUACGGAGAAUGAGAACAAGAGCACGGGAGGAGAAGAAAAAGAAGAGGAAAUCCGAACUGAAAAGGUAAAAUCAGAUUCUAAAUCAAAGAAGAGGAGUUUCAAUGAGAUAAACGCAGGAGGUCUAAAUGAAGUUACAAACCAGACGCCGAAUGAAGUUUCAGGGAAAUCUAAUGAUACUUCUGCUGUGCUGGAAGGGUCUAGUAAAUCACCUCCACCAAUUCCAAAGACUUGAGAUAGAAUUCACUUAUGCUAGCAUCAUAGCAUGGGGAUUCUCUCACCAAAUUUUGAAUACCUCACGAGCCACCACUUUUUUUUUGUAUGUGUUUUUCUCCGCAUUGACAGAGUCAAAACCUGCGCCAUUUGGAUCUGCCAGAACGUAUGAGGAUGUGAAUGUUAAAGUCUGAAAUAUUAUUCUGCAUGCACGAUAUGUUGUGUGCUAAAAGUUCAGUUGGCAGUUUGUAUGCAGGAGUUUUGUAGUAUUGGAUUGUCAUGACUCUAUUUUGUGUAUGUUGCCGAGUUUUCUGUUGCUGCAAUUCUCUGCGCUAUCCUUGGUUACUAUGGAUCUAUGUACUGAAUCCUUUCUUAUAUCUCAAUCUCUUAGAAUCUACAAUGUUGAAACAGAAAAUACAUGCGGAACUUUCUGUUGUCGUCUCUUCCAUUUGAAUAAUGAAAUGUAAGUUAGCUUCUGAAUGUA